AUGUUUCUUCUGCGGACCUUCUUUGGGAUGAAAAAAAAAGUAGAAAAAGGAAAGGUUAAGAAAAAAAAAAGUGGAAAGGUUAAUCUCGAGGAGGACAUCACAUGGAACGGUGAGUUCACAAUUUGCCCUGGUCUACGAUGUAUGUCAUUAAUUUUCUUACAUGCUAAAGUUUUAUAAUUAAAAUCUUCAGGUUCAAUAUUUGGUGAAAUGGAAGGGAUACAGCGCGUUUCAUAAUAGUUGGAAAGAUGAAGAUAACUUGACUACCGAUCUUAUUAGGUAUUUAUUGUUGUAUCAUUUUUUCAAACUGUACUUAAAUUACCAUUACAAUUGAACAUGCUGAAAUACGGAAUUAACAAGAGAGAUGCACUCGUAUAAGCUCAUUCAUGGAAAGGUUUAUACUUAACUUUUUUUUUUCACCAAUAAUACACGUAGUAAUUGCUGCUUUUCUUUUUCUUCUGCCUUUGCAUUGCUUUCAGUAUUACUUGUUCAUAGACAACCCCUCUUACAAUGUUUCCAUUUUCAUUAUUUUUCUUACAGAACUUAUGACAAGCCAAUUGUUGAUAAAGAGAGGCUAACUCGAAACGUCGAUAACCUGAAAUUAUCAGUCCUCUUUAAAUUAAGAAGUAAAUCAAGGUCUAAUGCUAUUUUGGACUUUGAUCAUGAUUGUUUUGGUUUUUUGUUUUAUGGUAAAGGAAGGGAGGGAAGGGAGAAGGGAUAUACUUUGUUAGAUAAGGAUGAUUUUAAAAAAUGUGAUUUACUGGAAAACUGGGAUAGGGUUAUUGAUUGUAAUGGGAAUGGG